AGUACUUCCGGAAAACAACCGGAAGUGUGGGUGUCAUGCCGAGUUCUGCUUGCCAAGAUCGGCAGAAGCUCAGAAGUGCUCUGCGCGCUCCCGCGGAUGAACCUCCACUCAGCAGACAGGCAAAACUCGACAGAACACCCGGUUCAUCCUCAGGCCACUUUAUGUAUUUUGCAUUUGGAAGUAACUUGUUAAAAGAAAGGCUACAUCUGGCAAAUCCCUCCGCGACUUUUUUCUCUAUCGGUCGUCUUAAGGACUAUAAACUGAACUUUGGCCUGUCGGACAGUCAUACCGGAAGUGAGUGGCACGGCGGCGCGGCCACCAUUGAAGCGUGUCCGGGCGCGGAGGUGUGGGGCGUCAUCUGGACUCUGAGCAACGAGCAUCUGUCAAGUUUAGACAACCAGGAAGGCGUGAGCGUUGGAAUCUACUCGCCGCAGGAGGUCUCAGUAGAAACGGAUGACGGUGUGAUCCUGUGUAGGACCUAUCAGAUGAAUGGAUUCCAUCCCUGUCCUCCUUCUCCUCAGUACAAACAGGUAGUGUGUAUGGGUGCAAGGAGGAGUGGCCUUCCCAUGGAAUACCAGAAGAAGCUGGAGGAGAUUCAAACCAACAACUACAGCGGCCCAUCCAUCCUUGAUCAAAUUAAAAUCGAAUAACUGAAAACCAGGAAGUUUAAAAAAAUUAUAUUAAAAAAAAAAA